AUGAUUUGGGAUGUAAUCGUUGGAGGACGUUGGUUAGUUGAAGAACAAAUUGGAGAGGGAUCUUUCGGUCAAGUUUUUAGAGCUAAACACAUGACAAGAAAAGAUUUAGUUGCUAUUAAAAGAGAAGAUUCUUCUAUCAAUUUUCCACAGCUGGCUGAUGAAUAUAAAUUAUUAAAAAUGUUUGAAGAACAUGGCUUUAAAUUUAACAAGUAUGGCCCAAAAAUUGCUUGGAAUUGCAUGGUGAUGGAUUUGUUAGGCCCAAGCUUAAAAUUGGUGACCGAUUCAUUCCAAGCCUUACCUGUAGAGUUUGUUAGCGACAUUGCAAUUCAAAUGGUAUUUAUGAAUUGA